AUGAAGCUCACAGUGCUGCUCACAGCGGCCCUCCUCCCGCUCGCAUAUGCGGGCAUGUAUGCCCAGCCAGUCCUCCAUCUCGACAGCAAGUCGUUCAAAAAAGUCAUGGCCAACGAGCACGCUGCUAUGGUCGCUUUCGUGGCUCCCUGGUGUGGACACUGUAAGAAUCUCGGGCCGGAAUAUACCGCCGCUGCUCAGUCCCUUUCUCCCCUCAUCCCUUUUUACGCCGUCGACUGUGAUGACGCUUCCAACAAGCCUCUCUGUGCCGAAUACGGUAUCCAAGGAUUCCCCACUAUCAAGGCUUUCCCCAAAGCUGGCAAAGGUGCCGCAAAAGACUAUAAUGGAGAGAGGAAGAGGGGGCCGUUGGUCGAGUAUGCAAAGAGCUUGGUGCCGGAGAGGGUCAAGAAGUUGAGAGUGCAGGGUGCUGUGGAACCUGGUCUGGAGGGCUUCUUGGGUGAAAAGACUGAACUCCCCCACGUUCUCCUCGUCCACCCAUCUGCUCCAUCGAUCCCGUUCCUUUGGAAAGUGCUCGCUCAUCGAUACUCUGGCAAGAUGCAUCUGGGAUUCGUCCGCGACACCAACUCCCACGAUGUCCUUUCCUCCCUCGGGAUCUUUGACCCUGCUGAUGCUACACGUGAUACCGCACGUGUGGUGGCCUGGAAAGCCGGGGCAGACAGGGCAGAGCUCGUAGAGUACGACGGUAUCCUCAAGUUCAACUCUCUUCUCGAAUGGCUUCAGUCCUCAUUCACCUCUUCUUCCUCCUCUUCCCAAGAUACCCCCGACCAGAAAGCACCCAAAUCAGAAUCUUCCCCGAAACCCAAGGCCAAACCUGACCAAGACGAGACUGCCCGCCGUCGGGCCAAACUCGAAGAAGCCGAACGUCGAGAUCAAGUCCGACGCGCCAAAGCCGAAGCCGCGAGAGCUCAAGUGAAGGCCGUUCUUGAGAAUGCUGGUAAAGAAGCUAGCCCGGUGGAGGCGGCGCCUGAAGCAGAGCCUGUGGAGGAAAUCGUCAAGGUGGACGAACCGGUCGAGGACGAGGAAGGGGCGGCUGAGCCGGUGCCGGAAGAGGCUCCAGGGGCGGGAGAGGUGGAGAGCGAGAAUACUGGAAUUGUACAUGAAGAGCUUUAG